AUGGAAAAUCAAAAAUAAAUUACUUUCAAAAAGGUUUGUAUAAAUUCUUCAAGCAAAUGGGAAGAUACUUGGUAUACCCGAAUACUGUAUUGGGAUAAGGCUAAAGGUACUUUUAUGAAAAUGAAAUUGCAAAUUUUGCUUACUAAAAACAAGGAAUUAAUAUAUUAAGCAUUUUCAGGAUAUUUUUUAAGAAUGUAAAUUUAUGCAUUCAAACUUAGUGAUUUAGUUGAAGAAAUUUUAUUCUUACCCUAAAUUACUACAAAUUUAGAAUAAUUAAAAUUUCUACGAUGGCAUGGUUUGAUUGGAUAGGAUAACUAAAGGAUAGGAAAAUGGACAGCAACUUGGGAUGGGGAGAUUAUCGCUUAUGUUGGAGGAGUGUACUGA